ACAAAAUGCUCAAGAUACAUAUAGUUGUCUUCAGGCUAUAUUUUUUGUUGUCGUUUUGUGUUGCAUCUGAAGUUUGAAAAUGGACAGGAUCUGCUUUGUAACUAAGUCAUUAGUGGCUAUUGUUACUCGCUCAUAAAUGUGUCAGGUGUAAAGCAUCAGUACUCGUGAAUUUUCUAUUUCUAUACGAGUGUUAUUUGGUCUUUGUAGCGGCCCUUUUGUAAAUAUGUUGAUAUAAAAUUCAUAUCGGAAAGCUAACUUUAAAUCAUAAUAACAUUCCACUACAGAACUUACUUCUCUGAGCAUUUUGUUAGCCAUUUAGCCAAGUUCACUCUUCGAUUGAAUAGAGCUAUAUUUAGAGAAUGUUUGUCUAAGCCCUUUACCCUCUGUUGAGAUAAGAAUUUCCCAGUUCGACACAGGAUUGAUAUGUAAGUCAAUUUUAUAUAUUUCAACCAUGUUUAUUAUAUUUAAACAUGAUUUAUACUGUUAAUUGUUGAAAGCUUAUUACUGUAUUUUAUAUUCGAUAGGUUUUUGCUGAAUAACAUAUUUUCUAAAUAUCUUCCACAUUAUUCAUUGAAAAAACCAUGUAAAGUUCAAAAGGAAACAAAGGGACUUAUACAAAAUCAUAGAAUACACUCACAGAGAUUGCUUAAACUACAGAAAACCAGAACCCUAGAAAACAUGUACAGACCGUCAGUGUAUCAUCAGCAAUAAUUUGCACGGGGUUUCCGUGGCCAAGUGGUUAAUGUUGCUUAGUUUCAACUUUAAAUCAUUAGCUCCUCAUGUGGGUUCGAGCCUCAGUCGGAGUGUUGAAUUCUUUAUUUUAGAAAGCGAUCCAGCUGGCUUACGGAAGGUCGGUGGUUCUACCAACCUGAAGGUACCCGACUAUGAUGAAGUAAUGCCAUAUGACCCAUAAUUGUGUCGGUGCGACGUUACACCCAACAAGAAAGAUAUUUUGCACUGUUGGAACCGGUAACUAAUCAGUUAUCUGUUCUUUAUUUUACAGGCAUAAACACAAUGGGGCUUAGUGUUAUCUCUACCUUUCUUGUGGUGGUUUUGUUAGGAGCAGAAAUUGCAGAUACGAGGGGUUUCUCAAAGAGGUUUCUGUAUGAAAAUUUAAUUCCGACAACAGUAAAGUGGCACGAGUGUGUACUGUGUAAAUGUUAUCAGGAAUGUAACGCUGGUGUGUAUCAACUUAGCGAGAAAGCGAUUUGCCAGGAUUUCUGGGAUUCUAUUAAAUGUUCAGGGGUUCUGCAAGUGAUACAGCCAACAGACUUUUGUGCAAGUUACCCUUGUUUGAAUGGAGCUGUCUGCACUAGUAAAACAAACGGGUAUAGCUGUCAAUGUACAAGCGGUUGGACUGGACAAAACUGUGGUACAGAUAUUGAUGAAUGUGUAUCAAAUAGCCCGUGUAGAAAUGCAGCAGUUUGCACAAAUACUCAGGGUCAUUAUUCAUGUGGAUGCACAAGUGGCUGGACAGGGCUUCAGUGCGAAAUAGAUGUAAAUGAAUGCGUGACUAGUCCAUGCAGUAAUGGUGGAACAUGUUUUAACAAGCAAGGAGGCUUUCAUUGUGUUUGUGCUGAUGGUUUUGGUGGACAAACUUGUGAUAUUGGUACAUUGCCUGUAUGCAGUCACACAUGCUUCCUUGAAACUGUUGUGAAAGCUCAGCCAGUUGAGAGCAACAAUACAGAUACUUGUCCUGGAACAUCAAACAAAGCUACUAAUGAAGCGUUGUUAAUGCAGUGUUGCAAUAUAGGGCGAUCAAACAGGUGGCACAAAGGAGUGCAAGUUAUACAACAUUGCAAAGAUAAUACUAUUCCAUCCUAUACGCCUGUAGCGGCUGUUGUGAAUGGAAAGUUGCUGCAAGAUACAGCUGGUGUGUUUACAUCCUGUCUCAACAAUGCUUCUGGAUUUAAGAUGAUUCUCCAGAAAUGCAACACAGUCCCAGAACUGAUCCAGAUAAACGGUACAGAUGGAAACAAUCCUGAGAAUUAUUUUGUUAUGUAUUAAAAUUGUGAUGUAUUAGCCACUGAAAUAAAUUAGUUAAUAUUUGUGUAUUGUAAGUUGAUAUACCUGUCUUAUUGUUUUGAAACUUGAAACGAUAUUGACGGUUUUUUAGUAAUAAUAAAUUUUGCAAAGUAAUUGAAAGUGCUAUUCAGAUGAUAUUGUAAUAGAAAUAGAUUUAUAUUUACUUUUUCAUUUAGCCAGUGGAAUGAAACGAGCUAACGAUGUU